AACGACCCAAAGGGUUUUUUCAUUAUAAGCAAUUCAGGUUCGCAUCCCUCCCUCUCUUCUCUGCUCACUCACAGCCUCCGCCUCCGUUAUAGUCGUAUAAGAGAAGAAGUUAAGAAGGUUAUCGCGUCAACUCCAAUUUCAAUAUCCUUCUGACUAAAAGUCACAUAGAUUGAUAUGGAGGAGUAGCAACAAUGUCAAUAACAAGUCUCCAGGAUGCCCAAGGACAAGUAGCGUGGAGUAUACAAAGCAGGAUUCAACAUUUGACAACUUUAAAUUGUGAAGGAAAAAGCUUGAAGUAGAAGUCCUGUGCCUGGUAAUGCAAAGACCUUUCACCAUGUCUGCGGAUCCUGCUUUGGCAGAUGAGGAUGCUUCUUCAGGCUCAGGAGAGGACUUAAACAUGUUAGAUGCACACAGUAAGCAUCACCCAGUAACGCCAAAUUCGGGUCGCCGCAAGAGAAGUCGCAAGGCAACUGGUGAUGCUAUAGUUGAUGCGAUGCUGGAAAUUGCAGCCGCUUCAAAGAUGAGGGCAACUGCCAUUACGAGGAAUGAGGAGCGUUUUGCUAUAAGCAAAUGCAUAAAAGUAUUAGAUGAAAUGCAAGGUGUCGAUCAAAGUAUCUACUUUUUUGCAUUGGAUUUAUUUGAGAAUCCAAAUGCCAGAGAAACUUUUCUAUCUCUUAAGAGUGAGAGACGCUUGAUAUGGUUGCAGUGUAAGUUUAACACUUCGGCAAAUGCAGCUAAUGGAUGAAAUUUAGAAAUCCUGUUAUGAUUCUAUUAGUUCUGACUUUCAUAUAAUGGGUUUUUGCUAGGACUUUGAUUGUAUAUUACUAUGAGCUCUUGACAUUUAUGUAUUGGGAAAUAUGUUACUGGGAGUGGCUAAAUGCGUAGUUUAAUUCGUACGUUGCCGGCUGUUAUACAAAGAAAAUUAUGUUUUAUUAGAGAUUUUCACUUCUUUGGUUGUGCAA